GUGAGGAGUACAUGCAGUAUAUGAAGGUGAUUGAGGAGAUGCAAGGGGCACGAGAGAGGCUUGAGCGGUUCAUGGAACACGUCACGAUGAUGAGGGAGAAGGUGCAGAAGAUGAGGAAGAUGAUGGAGCUGGUGAAGCUGCUGUGUCAGAUGAAGGAGCGACAGGAGGCGGAUGAGAAGGAGAAGAACGAGAAGUUCUUCAGGAUGAUGAUGAUGAUGGCCGUCUCCCAGGAGACGCAGGAGGAGAAGAUGAGGAGGAGAUACGAGGAGGCGGAGAGAGAGAAGAAGGAAUGGCUCGUCAGAAUGAUGUGGACGAUGAAGAUGGUCAGUCAGAAGACAGAUGAGAAGAAAGCCUGGGAUAUGGAAAUGUGGAUGAAGUUUAACAAGAUGCAGAUGGCCCAUGACUACAUGCAGGGGAAGAAAGAGGCUGACAAGGACUCUAAGAUGGAAAUGUGGAUGAAAUUCAACAAGAUGCAGAUGGUUCAUGACUACAUGCAUAAACAGAAAGAGUCGGAUCAGAAGAAAGGCAUGAUGGACAUGUGGAUGAAAUUUAAGAAGAUGCAAAUGGCGCACGACUAUAUGCAUGGAAUGAAAGAGAUGAAUGUACACUGGACAGCUGGUGACAUGGAGGAAUUUAAGAAGUACAAGAUGCUGCUUGAGAAGCGGGAGACAAUGGAGGACAUCCACGAGCUGAUGAAGACGGUGGACGUGAAGAAACGCAACCUCAGCAUCCACCUCACCACCCAGAUGCUGAAGAUGUGCAAGUGCAAAGAGGGUUCUACUCUAGUAUCGCGAUUUUUCAGCUUACCUAUGUCUGACGGUGACGACCCCUUGUCAAGCCCAGACCACGUUGCUGCUAUGCACAUGUUCCAGUCAGGCGACAUGGUUGGACUACAGCAUGUAAUAAAGUCAAUGGACCACGAACAGCUCAUGAGUCUCUUCUUCCAUGGCCUCAUCAAGUCCAUCUGUGACGGGGCCCGAACCUUUCUCAUGUAUACCAAACGAUUUGAGGAAACUUAUAUGAAUGGAACAAUGGCAGCUUACGCUUAA